UUCCCUAUUUAAACCACAAGAAAUUGUUCUUUACUUUAGCUGACUUCUCGUUUUCCAGAAAAUUCAUCAACAUACAACACGAACAAUUCAAUUAUCUUUCAAUCAAUCGAUUUUUCAAUUAAUUGAUUUUGAAGGUUUGCAAAUGGUGUCAGUAAAUCCAAAUCCCCUGCAACCGCAAGGAUAUAACUUAGAAUUUAAUUCCGACAUGCCUCUUACCGGAGUCAACUCUCUUCCGCCGGUAAAUUCGCCGGUUUCCAGUGGUUAUGUUGUUCCGGCGACAGAGGAUCACUGUAAGAAAGUGAGGAAGCCGUAUACAAUCACCAAGUCCAGAGAGAACUGGACUGAACAGGAGCACGACAAGUUUCUCGAAGCUCUUCAAUUAUUCGAUCGUGACUGGAAGAAAAUCGAAGCAUUUAUUGGCUCCAAGACUGUUAUUCAGAUUCGUAGUCAUGCUCAAAAGUACUUUCUUAAGGUUCAGAAGAAUGGGUCUAAUGAACGUGUGCCGCCUCCUCGACCGAAGAGGAAAGCAGCUCAUCCAUACCCGCAAAAAGCUUCCAAGAUUGCUUCAACGACUAGUCAAUCUACAGGACAGUAUCAGGAGUCACCUGUUUGUGCUUUGGAACCGGGGUAUGUUUACCACCAUGACCCAUCAUCAGUACUCACUAAUCAAAGUGGCAGUGGUUCAACAUCGCCCUGGACCUUUGGUUCUAUGAGAAGAGAUGAUGCAGCAUUAGCAAUGUCGAUGACUCCCACUGGUUGUAGCAGCAGCAGCAAUGAGAGUGGAAGCACUUGGCCUACAGUUGGUACUAUGGACCAGAAACACACUAAAGUGCCAGAUUUUGCUCAGGUUUACAGUUUCAUUGGAAGCGUCUUCGACCCCAAUGCGCGUGAUCACCUGCAGAGGUUAAAGAUGAUGGACCCAAUUAAUGUUGAGACAGUAUUGCUGUUGAUGAAAAACCUUUCGGUCAAUUUGCUUAGCCCUGAAUUUGAGGAAUAUAGGAAGUUAUUUUCAUCAUACGAUGUGGAGUCUGGUAAAACCAGGUCAUGUAGUCAUCUCUUACCAGCUCCAAAUAACUCAAAGACUGUGAUUCCUGCUGUUUACUAAUAAGAAGGGAAAUUAGCUGAAUACAAAUUUGGCAAACUAGAUGUUCCUUAUAGUUGUCUUUCUGUGUGUGAUGUGCAUGUUCUCCGAGAGUUUGGUUAGCAGAGUGGAGCUUUGUGGGGUAACAAAGUGGUAUACCUCCUCGUACCUUGCUUCCUGCCUUCUUUACUGGAGUUAUGUUCUACUGCAGCCAAGUAGGUUGCUUGAGACAUUAGUCUGGGUUUGUAAUAUAAUCUUUGUAGUGUUAAAGAUGUCCGAAAGUGUUGGCUUUAAAGUGUUUUUUGAUCCUCUACUGAUCUUCUUGUAAUAUCUACUAGUCACAAUGUUGAUGCUGCUGUUGCUGGGAAGUAGUUUUUUUUGUAACUUUUCGGUAUCUGCGAAUGAGAACAGUUUGUAUAUAUUGAACCUGAGAAUGUUAUGAAAUUACCAAAACGAAAAAGAAAUUGAGAAAGAA